AUGCCCACGAUUCGUUCACGUCUGGGGAUGAUUGCGAGUCUCUCCAUCACGGCCCUCCUCCUCCUCACGGUUGGGACUGUCGUGAUGACGUUCGCGCGGGAGAAGCUGCGGCAGCCGCGGCCGUGGCUCCGGGUGAACGCCAUGAGGGUCUUCCCGGUUGUCCAGUCCACAGAGAUGGUGAUCCUCCCCUCCUCCCCCCUUCUCCGCGCGCUCAGCCCGUACUUCCGCAAUGGCACCCUCGAGACGAAUGUCCGCCCCACCACCAAGACCGCCCCCAGGGACUCCGAAAAAAAUCUCACCAGGCCCAGUACCACGACAGACCCCACAGAGGGCCACCGUUCCACUAAGGACCCCAACCUCCCCUCCUCCUUCAUGAUUAACAACAAGGUAAACCUGAAGCUGCAACAGGCCGUCAUGGGGAUAUGCACGGUCGACAACAUCGCCCUGGACGUCUCUGCGGAGAUGAACUUCUCGGAGUGCUGGGAUUGGAAUACUAAGGCGAUCUACAUCGCGUUUAUCGCCCAGUAUGCGACGCCGCGAGGGCAAAAGAACGAGGGGAUCUUUUUGGACGUCAUCCUCCGCGAUGGACGGCCGCCCUCCCUCAUUCAUCGACUUAUCCGGUACGUGUUGGAGCUCCUGUUCCCGAAAGAAGCCAUAAGCUGGCAAGAAAAUGAAAAGGAGCACGACGCUGAGGGCACCUUCAUUGACCACAAGAAAAAGCACGUGCGGUUAAACAAAUCCAUGAAGUACUACGUGAAAGAUUUGUAUGCGAAUACGCUGGAGAGGGAGAUGAUCAAGAUCUCGGUUCGAUAUCAGGUAAUAGGGCACUUCGGUUGGGUGCCAACACGCGAACUGCAUGCAGAGUUCCCUGUGCAGUUUAAAAAUACAAUCUCAAGGGAAUAG